AUGGUGGCAGCACAUGCUCCCAGUCCUCCCAUCUCGGCCGCCAGUAUGAUCUACAACUCCGGAACGUCUGGCGCUGUCUGGGCUAUUGGAGGCGCAAUAUUCAAAGCAAAGGCUUGGGUCGAGGGCGUGGAGACCGAGGCCAGCACACUACGCUACGUACAAAAGCACUUUCCGAGCAUCCCCACACCAGAGAUCAUCUAUGAUUGGGUAGACAAACGUACGGCCCGGUCCUUUCUCGUUCUUCGGCCGGCCGAGGGGCAGACGCUACAACAAGCCUGGCCGGUCCUCUCGGUCCCACAGCGGCAGCGUAUUGCGGCCGAGGUGGCUGGGAUCUGCGCUACUUUGACCGCGCAAACGUCCGACAUACUUGCUACCGCCUCGGGUCGCUACGGAAUACAGGACAACUAUCUGAUGCCCGAGCGCCCAGACGAUGCGCCGUCAUGGAGGCCCAUUCCGUUUCCGCCGCUGACGGCGAAGCAAGCUGGAGUAUAUAUUCCAUCUUUGAUGGACACUGACGCUCUUGGAGCGGCGUUUCAAUUUUGCCACGCCGAUCUUAGCCCUACCAACAUUAUGGUCUCGCCGACCGACGGGACUGUCACGAGCAUUCUUGACUGGGAGUCUGCAGCCUUUUAUCCACGUGUCUGGAUUGCGACCAAAGCACGUGUAAGCUAUGGAUUUAUUCUCGAGGACAACGUCGACGACAAUGUGUGGGCGUGGACGAGUGUUUUAUUAGAGGCACUCGAAAAGUAUAAUUUCUACCCCAACGUCCAAGGGUUCCGUGCCCUCAAAGAAAAGCAAAAAGAAGCCUCCGUCUGUAAGCUUGCAGGCGAUCCUCCAAGAUGGUACUAUCCCACAUGCUAG